AGCAAGUCUCCUCCCCUUCUCCGCCUCCCGCCCUCUUCGCGUGUCUUCUCUCAGGCUGAAAUGCAUCUGUCUCGGUUCUUUCUAUUGGCUAGUGGGAGUCGGGGUCUCGGAACCAUCGAACUCACAGAGCUCCCUAUUGGCUUGAGCCUGUAGGGCGAAGGAAGGCGUGGCCAACCAGAAAAUGCCGGACGUUGAAUGGUGACUGGUAAAAUCAAUCAGAGCCUAUGGAAUUCCCGCCCCGGAUGUGGUUGGUCUGGUUUAGUUGUUUACCCGUGGCCUAGCAACGCCGCCACGCUGGAGACUGAGGAAGAAGUAGUUGAAGGGGAGGGAAGCCCCGAAGCUUCGAGGGCAGAGUUCACAGAGUUGGAGUAGAGAAUCUGCCUAACCCGCAGAGCCUUCGAAUCAAGGAUGAGACCUAGGCGCUCCUGAAACCAAGAACAGUUCUAGGAAAGGGUGCCUGUGUCCAGCAUGGCGACGGAAGUGAUCGUGGCUCCCCUUUACCAGGGCUCUGAGAUCAACACCAAUAACAGGCUGAGGCUGGCCAUAGGCCCAGCCUCCAAAAAGGCCUUGUUAUCAUGCACGGCCACCAACCAGAUGGACCCUGCUCGGACCAAGCUCACCACCAUCGAGACCAAGAGGAUUAUCUCUGUCCUGGAUGAGACCAUCCGCAAGGUGGAGCUGGUCACCCUGCUGUCGGCCGCCGCUUACAACCCGGAGUGCCUGGAGGGGCUGUGGGAGGACGACAUCCUCAAAGCCAUCCGGGACCACGAGGAUUUCUGCAACACCUUCCUGGAGCUGGAUAACCUGGUGAAGGAGGAGGAGGAGGAGCUGGCAGAGACGGGGGACGAGCGCCUGAAGCGGCUGGUGGAAGAGCACAGGCACAGCCUCACGCUCCUCCAGCAGGAGGUGAAGGACUCGGCCCGUAACACCCUCAGGAUUUUCUUGCUCAACCUCCAAGCCGGGGAGAUCCUCCGCACCCAGGUCGUAGGCAGGAGCGAAGAGGCCAACAUUUUUCUCCAAGCCCUGAUCGAAUUCAGGGGCUUUGUGUUCGAGAAGCUCCUCACCAGCCCCAUGGAGGAGAAGGAGAAGACAGAGUUCAUGGAAGAGAUCACCCUGCGGGAGAAGAAGAACAACGAGAUGAUCCAGGAUCUCCAGUCAGAGCUGUCCACCACCAUCAAAGCCAGGGACGCUGAGAUGGAGAAGGAGACCUUUGUGAUCCAGGAACUGAAAAGCCACCUGCACCAGGUGCUCAAGUUCUCGGAGAAUCACCUGCUGCGCACCAAGCAGGAGGCAGAGAAACAGCAGAAGGCAGAACUGCGGGCCUCCCAGGGCCGGAUCGCCAAGAUCCAGCAGGACAUCCUCAUGCUCAAGACUCAGUACCACAACCUCACCAUGGAGAACCGAGACAGCGAACAGGCCCUCAGAAAGAAGAAAUAUAAACUAGAGACAGAAAUAGAGAAUUGGAUCCAGAAAUACGAUACUGAGAUGGGAGAAAAGCAGGCCGAAUAUGAAGAGCUGGAUGAGAUCUACACCGAGGAGAAGGCCCAGCUGGCAGAGCUGCGGGAGAAGCACGCUGUCCUGAUCCAGGAGUUUGUCCAGAUCAGGGAGGAGAGACUCAUCAACUCCAAGAAGAAGCUGGAGGCCGAGAAGGAGAUGGCUCUCAUGGUGCGCUCGGCCACCCUCAUCCAGGCCUUCUGGAAGGGCUACCUGGUCAGGUCGCUGCUCAAGUCAAAGCGCAAGAAGAAGAAAGGCAGGGGCCGGAAGAAAUAAGCCGCUGCCCAAGGGGUCCCUGGGAGGCGGCCGGGGCUGCCCUCCUCCCCCCAGCCCCUCCUUCCAAUGCCACCCCACCAGUGGCCAGUGGAUUUUACCAGAUCAAGUCCCACAAGCGCCUCCUCCUGCUGGGGACCCAGCUUUGGGUGGGCGGUGGGUGUACUCGGGCCUCCAAAUGGCGAGAGGGGCAGGCAGGCCGCUGUGGGCACGUCGGGCCACCUGUGCAUUCUGCUGAUUGGUGACACAAGUGUCUCUGGUCACCCUGGCCUGCGGACACGGAACAAGGCGGCCAUUCCCUCUGUGUACUCACACCAAUAAAAUCCCUUCUCCUUCACCCCACCCUGGGUAUCUUUCCCCCCCCUCCCCUUGCUGCCUUGAGCAGAUAGUACCGGGUCCAGCCCUCCUAGAGAGGCCCAGACUCCCCUCCCUGCAGCCCUGGCUCAACUCUCAAGAGUCCAUCCAAAAUUCCUCCCGCUCCCCAUCCCCUGUAAGAGCAAGACAGAGAUCCCACACCUCCAAAGGCUGGGCAAGAGCCCCGGAGGAGGGGGGGGGCUGGAUUGGCAGCUGAUGAAAGAGGAUUUCCCCUUUCUCCCUGAGUUUUAAGUUCUCAUAGGGAAUCCAGGUAUGGCAGACACGCUGUGCACGUUCAUCUGUGCCACGUGGACAUGUCCUCCCCUGGAGGCUGUGAGUGAGGCCUCCCCACUGCAUGGGAAGGACACUCGUGUGUGUGUGUGUGUGUGCGUGCGCGCGGGGACACACACAAGUUCUGGCCAGUGCCACGGGCUGAAAGGGCUCGGCUGGAUCGUGUGUGUGUCUUCCCAAGGCCAGCCCUGCUGAGUCCAUAGAGGCCGGACUUUGUUUUGCUGCUGACUCCGAGGCCUCUUCCAGUUCCAACGCUCUGCAAACUCUACUGAGGCCUAGGCUCCCUGAAUUUGUUUUUCUUUUUAAAUUGUCAACUGUAUUUCAAUAGAACCGGUUUCCUCUGUAAUCCUAUGUAUGUUAUUUGACACAUUUAACCACAUUAUGGUGAGACGGGAUCCAGGCUGGACCAGACACACACAGAAGGUUAAGCACGGCCCCCCAUCCUGCCCCCGCCCUGCAUUGGGCACAGAAGGGCUCUACUUUGCAGCUGUGGAGAGAGGACUGACAAAACAGAAAUCCUGAGAGUACAUCUGCACAUAUAUAUUUUAAUACUCUAAGGGCCCAUGAAGACGCACCCUUGACUAACACAUGUUGGCCGUCUCCUUGGUAGGAGGGGCCUAACCUUAGGCCCAGGGCUUCCC